AUGAGGGGCGACGAUCUUGAGUUCGAAUCAAGGUAAACGUGAAAUUUUGGAGCUGCUGAAUAAUCAAAUUGAGCUAAUUUAGUCAAAGUGAAGAUGGAACCGAAGAUGCAAACGAGGGUGCUCUGCUGGCGGCCCAGAGUCAAAGUAACUCGGAGCAAGGUAAUUUCAUUGAGAUAAGCAAAUCAGGCAAAAUUAAUGUUGAGAAUGUUCAGAAUCGCAAGUCGCUACUCCCAUGACGAUCAAACAGGAGCCGCUCGACGAACCGGCCCAAGAGCCGAAAACUGUCUCACGUGAAAUGGAACAAAAAUGGAAGCAGGCAGUCGCCCACACUCGCGGCCACAGUUGUUACUUCCGAAGUAAGCUAUUAAGAGGCAAUGUCUGAGAAGCAGGGCUGGGCAAUUGGCCGGCCCGGGCUUUUCGUUGGCCGACCCUUGACCUGGACUUUUGAACCACUUGCAAUAUUCCGAUUGGACCCAAACUUUGCAGGAUUGUUGGACUUGGAUUGAGGGCCAUUGGGUCCAAGUUUCAGCCCGAUCGGAUCGUCAGGUCCCGAGAUAUGUGGAUCAUUGACCGAUUUUUUCCAAAAAGCGGGGGGCUUCCGGCCAAUUUCGGCCAAUGAUCCACAUAUCUCGGGACCAGAUGAUCCGAUCGGUCUGAAACUUGGUCCCAGUAUGCUUCAACCCAUGUCCAAGAAGCCUGCAAAGUUUGGGUCCGAUCGGAAUAAUGCAAGUGGUUCAAAAGUCCAGGUCAAUGGUCGGCCAACGAAAAGCCCGUGCCGGCCAAUUGCCCAGCCCUGCUGAGAAGUUCAAAAACUGCAGGUCAUUAAAAGUUCAGAAUUUUUCAAUUUGUUCCAUAUUAUACCCAAUGGGCACUUACAUAACAAUAAUACAUCAGACAAGUUUGGUCCGGCUCCGUGGUCCUAGUCCGAUCACGAUCCCAAAAUAGUUCAAACCUGUAACUAAUUUCAAAAAAAUGCUAGCGUCUCAGACUCAACGCCAUUGGAUUCUUCGCAUCUUUUUGAGUACAUUUCACGUUGGGAUUAAAAAUUUGGCACCCCUCCUUUAUGGAGAAAAAAAUUGGUUUGUGACAUUUUUCAGAAAAUUUUUCAGGACGAGCAGAAAACUUUUUUGUCAUGACCCCCGGGUCGACGAAUUGGUCUAAUUUUUUUUAAUUUUCAGAAUGCUUCCAAAAAAUCGAGAAUGCCUAAAAGUAUACGAAAACAACAAAAAUCGCGAUCAGACCCCUUUGAAAAUUGAGAAAACGCACUGUUCUCAAGUUCGCGAACAUUUUUCCAUGCAAAAGUACUCUGAAUUUUGUGAAUUUCGGCUAAAAAACCCCUUGAUGUCAAUCGGGAUCGGGGUGAACUUUUUUUUUGCAGAAGCACAAUAAUUUCGAGAUUCAGAAUCAGCAAUAAAAUCAUGGCUACGUAGUGUUAAAAUUUUUCAGGACGAGCAGAAAACUGAAAAAUUUUCUGAAAAAUGUCACAAACCAAUUUUUUUCUCCAUAAAGGAGGGGUGCCAAAUUUUUGGAAAAAAAACAAUUUUUCAAGCAAUGGGGGGGGGGUAGCCAUAAUUAGCCAAAAACCCGACUGGAGCCUUCAAACUGAGCCAAAUUAUGAGUUACUUGUUUUUCAGAGAAAUACAACUUCCUUUUCAACCCGGACGCCGUCGAUCACACGCUCCCUCAGAAGGUAAAGAAGAUGGAACAUCGUAGAAAGUCGCAGGCCAAAUACUUCUUGGUCCAAGUGCAAAAGAUGCAGGUUGCUAGAGGUUGGAUCGCAUACGAAAAAUAA